ACCGCGGGCCUCAGUAAGAAUUUGUGGAUCGUACGGAUCGGUGCGUCGGUUCUUUGUGCGGAUCGAAUUGGGUCGGCGGAAAGGCGAAGGGGGCGGCACAGCAUGGAAAUUGAAUUGGAAAACUGAAAAUAUCCCCCAGUGCGAAUCAGAAAACGAUCUGCGAUCGCCAGCCGAGCGGUAAAUUAGCCAGCGGAAGGAGAGCAGAGGAGGGCGACCAUGUCGGGUAGGCGGGCCCAAUCUCUGCCGGCGCACAUGCUGAAGCCAGCGAAGCCGGAACGUGGACGUUGUGUGGCCGCCAUCUGCUUCUCGUGGAAGGUGCUCACCUGCAUUGUGUCCCAUGUGCUGCUUGUGCUCCUCGUGGUUUCCUAUUGCGUGGGAGGUGCCUACCUAUUCCAGCACCUCGAGCGACCCUACGAACUGGAGGUAAAGCGUGAUGUACAGAAUCUUCGAUUCAACCUCACGGAGAAUAUCUGGCUUCUGUCAGACGACGCCGCGGUUCUACGAGACAGCGACUGGAUGGCCAAUGUCAGCAAGCAUUUGGCCAACUUUGAGAAGCAAAUCCUAACAGCCAUCAAGACAAAUGGCUGGGAUGGCGACGAGGAUCUGCGCAAGUCCCAGUGGACAUUUGCUGGCUCUUUGUUCUACUCAAUUAUAGUUAUCACUACGAUUGGCUAUGGCCAUAUAUCACCGCGCACGGAUUGGGGCAAGGUGACAACGAUUUUCUACGCCAUCGUGGGCAUUCCGCUGAUGCUCAUCUGCCUGUCCAACAUUGGAGAUGUCAUGGCCACAUCAUUCCGGUUUUUGUACUGGAGAAUUUGCUGCUAUGUGUGCACCCGCACGGCGAAGCGUCCGAGAAAUGCGAGAUCCCGGCAGAGAUCGAUGAGAGCCCAGCGCCAUGCUCGAUCCCAACCGCCUCCCUCUUUCCGACGGUCGAUGAAGAUGACCCAAAGGUCGGGAAACGACUCGGGAUUCGGUCCCUCCAUGGGACAUGCCUACUCCGAUCCGGAGCUUCGCAACUUGGGCAGAGGUGGUUACGACGACCGGGAGUUUGGGCAUCGCAGCAGUGGGCGCAGUCGCCGCCAGCAACAGCAACAUAACCCGUAUCACGAUUCCCGCCAGCGACACACCAUUUACGGGGACGAGUACGAAACACAGACCCUGAAUCGCUCCAAUCGCUACAGCAGUCGCCAGAGGCAGCGGGAUCGGAUGAGGGACAGGCACACGGUGGAAAGGGAGCGCUACUCCCGAUCCCAUUUGGAUGCCGGCUCCAUCGAGGACUUUAGCGAUAUGCCGCCGGCCAAGAGAGCCGCCAGUACGCGCUCAGUUCGAUCUUCCCACAAUCAGGAAUACUCGAAAGCUUCCAGGGAGCUGAAUCGUCUGCACUCCGCUCCCGGCAGGAGUAGGGCCAAAUCCGUGGAUCCCAGGCACGUCUCCUCCCACUACGAAGAUGUAGAUGAGGAUGUGGUGAGGAAAACGCCCAUCAUACCGAAUAAGUACGCUUUAGACGACUUCGGCGGUGAUGACCGUAGAAACAGAAGACAGCCGGCGCCAAGGAGCCAGUCCAUGCCGAGAUCUGCCCACCAGAGGCAGCGCCAAAGGGAUCGGGAAAGGGAGAGAUCCCCGCAACCGCCACCCCACCAUUCCCAUCGCCAGAAUAAUGGCAGAAGAGCUGGGAGUCUGGGAAGACAAACCUCACGGUAUGGCAAUCAUUUGGAACUACCCGACUACGAUGCCCCACCGCCAGGAAGGGAUCACCGCCGGGAUCGACGUGGUCACUCCCAAGGGCGCUACGAGGAUUACGUGGAAGAGAGCUUCGACGAGGGAUCCCUUUACGGGGACAACAACUACGAGGACUAUCCACCGGAACGCCAUCGCUCCAGGAGUCGGGAGCCAAGAGAGCCAAGAAGAAAUCGACGAAGAGAACGAGCGGAGAGAUUGCCUCCAUCGCCGAGGAUUAUGUCACCCAUGGGAUUCCCCGUCCAGCGUCAAAUCCGUCGGCGUCCCAGCUACGAUUACGAUGAUGAUGAUUCCAUGUACGGAGAUGAGUACGGCGACUAUGGGGAUCUGCUGCCCAAGGAUCGACCCGUGCCCAUUUGGUUAUGCGUCUUUCUGGUGGUUAGCUAUAUUCUCGGCGGAGCUGCACUGUUCACCUACUGGGAAGAUUGGACUUUCCUGGACUCCGCCUACUUCUGCUUCAUUACGCUGACCACAAUUGGAUUUGGAGACCUUGUGCCCGCAAAAGGAGUCAAAGAUGAAUCAGAGCAGUCCAUUGCCUAUUGUUCGCUGUAUCUUUUAUUUGGCAUAGCUCUGUUGGCCAUGAGCUUUAACCUUGUCCAGGAGGAGUUUAUUGCCAAUGUCAAGGAGGUGGCUCGUCGUCUGGGCAUUCUCAAAGAUGAUGACGACGAGCAGGACGAUGAUUAAGAGUAAAUAGCUAGAUUAUUAAAAAAUAAAACACUUUUCAUUACAUUUUUAAAAGGAUUGUGCAUUAGAAACUUAAUGAUAUGAUUAACAACUAUGCUUAAAAAUUUUAAAAGCAAAAUUCGAAUUUACCAGUGAGAUUAUGUGCAGUAGAAGAAAUAACACUACAUUUUAUAAAGACCUUGAUUAAAAGGCUCGUAAGCUUAACAGAGGAAAUAGGUUUCGUGAAUUUUACUUAUUAAUACAAGGAUACGAGCAUGAGCAAAGCAAUUGAUAAAUUAUUAAAUAUUCAUUUUAAAAUUGAAGAAAAAACCUCUACCCGAGGGGCUCUGCUAUAUUUAUACAAGUUUAAUAAAUCUUGAACCUGCACUCGAACCGAAGCCGCAAGGUUUCGUUAACUUUACAUAGCAUCCUAAGUUUAUUUAAAUAAUAAAUGUACGAAAUUCCAAAAGAUUGAUAUAAAGAUUAAAAAGAAUAUCCAGAAGAGCCAAACAAACAAGACGAUUGGAGUUCCACUAACAUAAACGAGCUACUGGGUUGAGUACUAGUGUCACCGAUGCAAUCAGGCCACGUUUUCUUUGUUGUGCUAAAAUAAAUGUAAAAUAAAAGCAAUGAUUUGUAUUAUCCGAGA